AUGACCCGAUCCCGUCCCAAGCUGCCGACGGCGAUGGGCAAGGUGCGAUUAUCAGACCAGGAUGACGUCAACGCCAUCAUGGAACUAUGCAACGAAUCUAUGAAGACUACUUUCCGUAUCAAAAACACCCAAGAUAUCCUUUAUCUUAUUGAGAACUCGGUGUUAGCGAUAACUCAGUUGGAUGCAGAUGAAGAAGUUAUCGGGUUUCUGUCGGCGCGGGAGUACCCCCUUGUCCCCUCAGUGCAUCCUACUGGGUGGGAGGAGUACAUUUGGUCCAAAUACAAGGCUAUAGAUAUGAACGCUCGCAACACUCUAUUCAUCCAUCUAAUGUGUUGGAACACUGAGUACUCUCGGGACGUGGUGGACGCGAUGCUGCGCUCCGUUUUCAUGCACGACCCUUACAUUCACUUCAUUGGCAUGAUUAAGACCGUCUUGGGAUGUUUACAGCUAGUGCCGGGAUCAUCACGCGCGGAGAUGUCAUUCAGACGCGUGCAAGCCAUGGAGCGAGGCAUGCCGGGAGACAAGCUGCCGGCGCUGUUGAUCGCUGAGCGUAAGGAAGUCUGCCCACGGCUGCGUGUGCGCCGCGCCGUCGAGGAAGACAACGACGAUAUAGUGCCGAUCAUCGAGCGUCACUCUGAGCGACUCCGGGAGCUGUAUGGAGACUACUACAUCAGCGAACUCAUCGCCCGCCAUCCCGAGUCCGACCGGGUGCUUGUAGUCUGUGAGCACAAGGAGCUCGCAGUCGGUGUGAUGUGUUUGAACACUCAGAUCAACUUCGAAGCCUUGGAAGAGGGCUACGAGUUGUCUCCAUUCGCAGGCCUGCGCCACAUAGACCAGGCCCCGAAGCAUCAUCGGAGUAAGGAUAACCUGGAGCUACAUUCAAACAGCUUUUUAUCUGAUAUUAACUUGGAAUACGGGGAGGAUUCGAGUACUGCUGUGAAUAAACGGUUGGAUACAAAAGUGUCGGUGUCGUGGACGCCAACCUCGACGCCGGGGUCGUCUACGGAGGAGGACGGGGACAAGGCGGAGCACGUGUACGCGGCCGAGGACGGCCGGUACCUCGGCCGCGCGUCCAUGCUGAACUUCCUCAACCUGAUCACUGACGACGAAGAGGAGUUUGACGAAUUCGACAUUGUCAACAUCGAGCCUGAACUGCUUAAGUUGCCUGAUAUAAUCCGACCCACCGGUAGAAUGUCGAGAAAUAUUAUUGAUGGAAUAAAAAAGGAAAAAGUUGACGAUAUUGGCCCUAGGAGAGAUAAAAAGAAGUCUUUAUCUAUGUCCGGGCAGAGUGCUGUCAAACCACCGGAAUAUGUAAUACGCUACUCCGGGACUUCCAAUGCUUUUCUCAUGGAGUUAUUUGCUAUGCACCCCGAUAUUGAUGAAAGGUACGCGUUUGACAUGCUGGAGGCUGCGUACGAGUUGUUCCCGAAUAGAGAUUACUGCGUUAUGUGUUUACCGUCAAGCCACACUUCCUUCCCCCUUUUAGAACACUUUUCGUUGGUAACACCACGCGGCACUCACAUGAGGUUUAUCAAUGAGUCGCUGUAUGUAGCACAUAUUAAUUCCGUCAGAGGUCAGGUCAGUGUCCGUCCAGGAGAGCAGGCGGAUUUGGAGAAUCUGUUCGACCUGCUGGAACACGUGCCGCGUCGCGACAAGGUCACUGAAAUGUUCGAGGAGUCACUGGUCAACCACAACCUGGAGCCAUACAUGCUGCUCGCUCAGAACCAGCCUGUGGGCGUCGUCAUUAUAGGUGCGCUUAGGGAUGGGACGUCAAUUCGCACGCAAUACGAUUUGGAACCCGAGCCACGCCGACCCGGCACAGAUGGCACUAUUAUAGCAGGAGUAAUGUCCCCGGUCUUAGAGCCGCAUGGCCGGUGGUAUCUUCGUGACGUCAUACGCCAGUCUAAGUUCACGACGCUUUUCUGGAUUUGCCACCCCUUCGCUAGGGGGGAGCAGAGUCCGUACCGUAACAUGAUGUCAUUGGCGGAGCGUAUGAUUCCGGUGCGCCCGCGUCGCUCGCUGCCUAACAUCAGCGGGGAUAGAGACUUGGAUCGCAUAUUCAGAGACAAAGCAUGCCCAUUCGCUUUAUGGAUUAUGGAGCGACAACUGUCGAGCUUCCCUAAGGUGUUUGUCAACAACGGCAUCGUAGUCGUCGGGGCUAGUCGAACCGGGCUAGCAUUUCUGGAAACUUUGAUCACUGGUCCCACGGCAAAAUACCUAACAUUCACCAACCUAACGCUGGUAUCUGAGCACGGACUGCCAACAGUCGCAGAGUGCCUCAAAGCUGCUGACUUAUGCAUUCCUCGGGAGGGACGGUACUCCGAUCAUUACCUCAAGAGUGUGCCUUUCUGCUUCUACCUCGACGUCGUUCCUGCUGUUGUAGUCUCUAUUGAUAGAAAAAAGAAAUGCAUUCACUUGAAAGGCGGCGGAGUGAAGUACUAUGAUGAAUUGGUAUUGACAUGUGGACAACAGUUCCAACAUCCAAACUACUUGAAAGAGUCCCGAAAGAGAGCGAAGGUAAUCAGCAAAGGCCUGCCAUGCGAGCGCAUGUUGAUGGACAACCCGAAGUACCAACCGGACAAGCUGCCGCCACCGCCGGAGCUGCCGAAUAACGUGUUCGUCAUCAACUGCCUCUUCCAGGCCAACGUCGUGCUGCGAAAGCUGCUCAAGAUGAUGACCGAUGAGAACGUAAAACUGCUCUGUAUCAUUUCAGAGAGCACUUUAGAAGAAUCCAACCCAAUAGUGGUGUUUGGAGACUGCAUAGAGGCAUAUUGCUGUAUCUCUGCGCUGAUAGAGUUGGGUGUGAUGGGCAAUGAGAUCAUUUUUGUGGAGAACUUCCCUCCUGAAGACCCCACCGCGCUUCGAGUCAACUGCUUUAACGAUGAGACGGUAGACGAACGAGUACAAAGCAGUCUAGAAGUCAUGGGGGUGCGUAUGCUGCGGCAGUGUCGGCUGAUCGACUGGGAAACACAAAGGGAUUGGGUGACGUCUAUCAAACUCAUGACCCCUCUGCAUUGUAUCAACGUCGAAUGCUACGCUUUAUUCUACUACGGGUUAAAGGCAAUUGAUAUACAUGCUUUUAAAGCAAUCAAUGAAUGCGGGCUGGUAUACGACGGCGGGUUGGUGGUGGGACCAAUGUUCGAGACCAAUGACCCUCACAUCUACGGAGCAGGCACUUGCUGCACUUACUCGCGCCGCUUGUACGCCUCGAGACUCCUGCAUCGCUACUACAACUCGGAGGAUGUCGGCGAGGCCUUGGCUAAUCUGUUCCUGCGCAAGAUGGAUCCGUUCAUAGCCUGCCACGCAGACUUCACUUGUGCUGAUCUUUUGCCGAGAUACAGCUCCUCUUUGUACAGUCGUUCUCAUCCCAGUAUACCGGAGUGCACAAUUUCUCGUCUCGCGCUAACUUUACCAGUUGGGAGGAGAUGGCAACCUGUGCUGAAGUUCAUGUCACCAAUAGUGAUAUCAGCUACGUACGCCGGCCCGCUCUACUACAUGAAGGUGCGCCGGCCGGGGAUGGAGAACCCUAUGGAGGUCCAAAUGGCUCUGCCACAUCAGGGCCACAAGCUAAUAACGGACAAGAACGGCAACUACUUCCGCUUGCAGCUGAACUUGCUGCACUGCAUUGACUCGAUUACCUGCCUCAGCCAGCAGUACUUCUCCCCAGAGAUACUGUCCCAGCUGUACGGCAAGCACGAGGCCUUCUUUAACAAGCUGCUGCUUCGGUGUCAGACGGAGCAGAUAGAAGACUUCUUCUCCUUUUUCACUCAGCCGUGGAUGGCGGCCAUUUAUCAAGAGAACUUCGAAGAAUUGUUGAACAACAUCAACCGUUACGACAUCGUUCAGCCACUGAUGGAGGCUAAGAAGUCGAAGAUAGAAGCUGGUGAAGAGGCAGCCAAAGACAAAAGAUCCUCUUCAGUAUUCUUCGAUUUGGACCACAGGCAAUUACGUAAACCGAAGAACUUCCGCACUAUGCUUGACAAUUUUGUGGAAAAAAUAAGAAAUCGAGUGGUGGAAGAAUUGGAGCCUUGCGAUAUACCGACGGAGUGUGGUCAGAACCCGGCGAUGCGCGAGCAGAUCACAGCGUUCUGGGACGAGGUCGGCGGCGAGCGCGUCGUGUUCACACACAUGGCGCGACAUAUAUCGCGCAACAGCGUCACCAACCCCCACUACGCGCCGCCUAACCCUGAGUAUUUCUAA